AUGGACAACAAUAACACUGUUUUAUUGCUCCAAUUAUUAACAAAUAUAAGUGGUUUACAACAAACACUUGCAACUAUUAAACAAAGCCAGCAACAAAGUUCGUCUAUGCCUGAAACUACUUUGCCAGUACCAUCUAACGCUAUUAUUGGAAUUGUCAAUACAGCGGCAA